AUGAAGAAGCCUGGGAGUCCGAUUUCAUUCCAAGACAAUAUAUCCUAUACUUCAGAUUUAAUGUAUUUUCAUGAAAGUGAUGCAGAAUUAACAACCAAAGAUAGUGAGGAAGAGGAAGAAAGAGAGAAGAAACACACCAGUUUUACUUUAUGCAAUGUAUGCAACAUUCAACUGAAUUCUGCUGCGCAGGCACAAAUUCAUUAUCAUGGGAAAUCACACCAGAAAAGAUUAAAACAGCUGAACAAUGGAAACCCAAAAAACAGUUUUGGAGGUACAUGCCAGAGUCCUGCUUUUCCAGCCCUGGUACGACCUUCAAUUCCCUCCUUGCCACCAUCAUUGGAUCUCAAACCCUUUCUUCCAUUCCCACUGGACACUGCUGCAGCUGUCAAUCUCUUUCCCAACUUCAAUGCUAUGGAUCCAAUUCAAAAAGCUGUAAUAAAUCAUACAUUUGGGGUUCCUCUUCCUCACAGAAGAAAACAAAUCAUACCUUGCAACAUAUGCCAAUUGAGAUUUAAUUCAGAUAGCCAGGCUGCGGCCCACUACAAAGGCACUAAACAUGCCAAGAAGCUCAAAGCACUGGAAGCCAUGAAAAAUAAGCAGAAAUGUGUAACUACAAAGGACAGCGCAAAGACUAUCUUCACUUCCAUCACUACCAAUACCAUCAAUACCAACUCUGACAAAACAGAUAGUACAACCGAAGCACCAGCAAUAUCAACAUCUCCAGCUAUCAAAAUUCGGAAGAACAGUGUAACAAUGACUGAAAUCACCUCAAAAAUUGAUAAAUUUCCUUCCACUGCCACCAGCAGUAGCGUGAGCUCCUUAGGAGAGACAGAAGAAGAAAAGGCCAAACGGUUGCUUUAUUGUUCACUAUGCAAGGUUGCUGUCAACUCUGCCUCCCAAUUGGAGGCACACAACAGUGGUACAAAGCACAAAACUAUGUUAGAAGCUCGUAAUGGGAGUGGAACCAUCAAAGCCUUUCCUAGGACAGGUAUUAAAGGAAAAGGACCCAUCAAUAAAGGAAAUACAGGACUUCAGAACAAAACAUUUCACUGUGAAAUUUGUGAUGUACAUGUGAAUUCUGAGACACAACUUAAACAGGUACUAAACUUUGGCAACUUAUGUCUUUUGUUGCUCCUAAGCUCCAGAAGUUCAAGGUUCUUAAGUCUGGAUCACUUAAUUGUCAAACUUGUAUUUUCAAAAGAAGCUGCAAAACCAGUAGCUCCACGGAUACUCCCCAAUCCACUGGCAGCUGCAGCAGCAGCUGCUGCUGUUGCUGUAAAUUCCCCUUUCAGUCUUCGAACAGCCCCACCAGCUACACUUUUUCAGACUUCUGCACUUCCUCCCUCACUUCUUCGACCUGCCCCUGGACCUAUACGGACGACCCACACACCUGUCCUGUUUGCUCCAUAUUGAACUCCAUCAAUGAAUUGAGUGUACUGCAAUAAUUUUUCAGAACAAAAGCAAAACAAGGACAAUGACCUAUGCAGUGUUAAUUUAUUGUGAUGUGUGUAUAUGUGUAUGUAUGUAUAAGUAUACGGGUAUAUACAUACAUAUAUGUAUGUAUGUAUAUAUACACAUACUCACACACACACACACAUGACUUUUGAUAGAGAUCUUAAUCAACUUUAACGAAAGGAAAGUGGCUGUAUAUUCUUCCAAUGAAAAUCUUACAAGUUAUCCUACAAC